AUUAACUCACUGACUGCAAGACAAAACAAAACUCAGUAAGUUCGCCUGCUGCUGUAGAGCUUCGUCGACUAUGCACUGUCCGUUUAUCCCUGUCAAGGAGCUUCAGUCAUGAAAAUGUACGGAUUUCAUAUGUCAUGUUCCUCCUGCUCACCACACUUCAGAGAGGUGUUGGCUUCGGAAACUCUCAAAACGAUGGAAUUCUCGUUGAUUCGGCUUGUCCUUCGCCACAAGCGCCGCAAUACGCAGGGGGCCUCCGCUGGAGAUUUCCACAGGGGUUAACCUUAUGCGGCGGGAGAAUCACUAAUUCUAUGAUAAAAUGCUUUACAUUGUCCAUAUCGAACAAACCUGUCCGGCUGCCGCAAUGUUCUACCGUCCAAAACACUUUGGCAAGAGCCUAUUCAUUGACAUGCUCAAAUGUUAUCACGGAGUAGCAUUUGCAGACUCCCAUGAAAAAACAUUUGAGGACUGCGCAUCGGGAACAAAGAUAUUCAGAAGGCGGUUUGCUCUGAGAUUCAAUCUAUCACCUUUCACCGAUGAUUCUGUGGUCCAAUCAUUUUAUGACGAUCUUCUCGUUGGACUUCGACAGUUCUGGUGGUUGCAUCCAAGUUCCUGAUGAUCUCCUGCAUUAUCGUACAGAGGAGCCUCUCAAUAUUCGGCAUGAGGAUAUGCAUGUCGUCUUCCAAAUGACGAUCGAUUUGGUCUCAGACUACUUGUUGGAGGACGGGAUGAAAGCUGUUAAUAGUGUAAUGUUUAUCCUAAUUCCCCUUCGAGACAGGUUUACGUUCUUGUCGACUUGGAAGAUGACUAUGGAAUAAAGUACUUCAUCCAGCACCAUGCCGCCGAUGGCAUCCCCUGG